AUGGGAUCCACUGUUAAGUGGCCAGGUAAGCUCAAUCCCGAGGCAAGGAGAAACAAGACCAAAUGGUGCGAGUUCCAAGGCGAUCAUGGGCACAACACCGCAGACUGUAUCGCCUUACAACUAGAGGUCGCUGCACUUCUAAAGAGGGGACACCUCCGGGAUUUGCUAACCGAUAAGGGGAAGAACACCAUUAGCCAUAAAAGUUCAAAAGAACCAUUACCACCUCUGCGGGAACCUACACCAAAAGGCUUCUGUUCGCUCAUCUCCAGAGGAUCAGAGAUCAGUGGGGUAAUUCAAUUUGAAGAUGACGAGCCGGUCACCUUGGCCGCUCCUCAUCACGAUGCCCUAGUCAUCUCCCUGCAGGUCGCCAACGUCCUAGUGAAAAAAGUAUUUGUAGAUGGAGGCUCUUCAGCAAACAUCCUAUUCCUCGAAGCAGUGAAGGCUAUGGGACUGGAAGAGGUAAACAUCAACAGGCGGUCGACGCUGCUAGUUGGUUUCAGCUCUGAGCAGAAGUAUACUAUCGGGGAGAUCAUCCUCCCUAUCUACGUCGGUGGAGUGAACAAACAGAUCAUUGUUUUGGUAAUCGACUGCCCCUCGCCAUACAACAUCAUCUUGGGUCGACCUUGGAUCCACGACAUGCGGGCAGUCCCAUUUACCUUCCCCCAGACGAUCAGAUUUCCAACCAACUUGGGGGUACGAGAGAUCAAGGGUGGCCCCAAAACUUCCAGGGAUUGCUACAAGAAUGCCUUCAAAGGCAAGGGUAACUCUUCGUAG